CCUGCAUAUCCCUAUAACUUAAAAAUUCAUAAGUCAUCCCGUCAAGCCGCUAAUCGAAGAUAUUAUGAAAGAAAUCGAGAGCGCAUUCUUCAGCGUCGCCGGGCUUCUCGUAUUGAAACUCGCGCCAGACUAGAACGUCUUGAAACUCGUGCUCAACUAGAAUAUCUCGAAAGAAUUGAAACUCGCGCUCAACUUGAAUAUCUCGAAAGAAUGAUUUGGGGGUUUCCAACUCACUGUUAUCCUCAACUUUCUUUUACUUUCAACCUUUCGAACUUUGAUUCUUCUCAACACGAAUGA